AUGUCAAGUGAAGUUCAUAGUAUAAACGAAUAUUAUAAACCAAAAUCAAAUUCAAAUUCAAAUUCAAAUUCAACUUUAUCAAAAUUAAGAAAAGCUCAAUCAACUCCAAAACUACGAUUAAUAAAUAAUAAUACAGCUAAUACUACUACAAAGGAAAUAAAGAGUAGUACUAGUAAUAAUAAUCUACAAUCUCACAAUCAUCAUCAUUUUAAUCCAUUAAAGAAGAAGAAAAGAAAUACUCCAAUAACUUCUUAUCAAACAGUAAUAGACUCACAAGUUUCUUCAACAAAUUCAAAAAAUUAUUCAACUUCAAAUAAACCAUUACCUGCAUCACCAACGUCACCAACUUCACCAACUACAUCAUCAAGUUUUUUCAAAAAAAUAUCAAACGAAUGGAAUUCAUUUUUGAAAAAAAUAAGAUCAAUAUCAGAAGAAGUAUUUGAUGUUGAUGAUUUAAUUGAAGAAUUAUUUGUUGAUUCAGAUUCUGAUAAUAAUUUAAAUUCUUCAUAUACUUCUAUAGAUAAAUUUAUGAAAUCAACUAAUAACAAUAAUAAUUCAACAGAAGAAAGAUUUUUACAAGAUUAUAAAAAAUUUAAAAAUUUAGAUAAUAUGUAUUCAUAUUACAAUCAAUCACCACCUUCUCAACAAGCUCAACAAACUAAUCAACCACAAAGUGGAUCAAAUGAUGUAGGCAGUUCAACCACAGUUGUAUCUGAUCAACAAAGUAGUUUCAAUAUAAGAUCAACAUUACAAGAUGUAAUACGACAUCAUCAAAAUCAAUUUAAUUCAAAUUAUUUAAAUUUAGAUAGUAUAUCAUCAGAUUCAGAUUCAAUAAAUGAUUUAGAAAGAGAAUCAGAUGGAGAAGAAAAUGAUACUGGUGGUGAAGAUGAUGAAGAUUUAAUUACUGCAACUGGUUCAUCUAAUGAUGAUAUACAAUUCAAUGAUAUUGAUUUUACUAUAUUAAGAACAGAAUUUGAAACAAUGUUAGCAUCACAAUCAUCAUCAACUUCACAACAAUCCCCAUCACAAAUUGAUAAAAAUUUCAUAUCAAAUAAUUCAAUAAAUCAAAUAAACGUAGGAACAACAUUAUGGAAUUAUAGAAGAUCAAAAUGGUUAAUUUCAAAUAAAUCCAACACAGAAAUUAAAAAAAGAAUUGUUAAAAAUUCAAUAAAUAAUAAAAUUCCCAAGGAUCAAUAUUAUAAAUUAUAUUUGUUGUUAAUUGAUAAAAAUAAAUCUUUAAAAUCUAAUAAAUUUAUUAAUUUAAAAGAAUUGAUUAAAUUAAUUCAUAUUGGUUGGAUUACUGAAAAAAGAUGGGAACAAUAA